AUGGUACUUUUCUGUAAGAAGCUGCCUAAGCAUAGCAGUCAUGUUUCAUGUAUCUUGGAGGAGAGUGUGGCAGCCGUUUUGAACAAAUAUGAAAGAAAAUCAGAAACGCUCGACCCUUCAGCUCAGGGAAUACAAGAAUGCAAAGAAUCGUUGGGCACCGUUCGUCGUGUAGACUACUGUCCUUCAAAUGAAAGGUCGUGGAAGGAGGCUGAAUUUAAAAAAGGAUGUGGAAAUAUUAAACAGGAUUGUGUGGAUUCCAAGCGCUUCCUUUAUCAUUGUAUAUUAACUGACAUGAUGAAUGAAACGAUUGAAGUGUGCGCUCCAAUUCGGGUGAUGUUCGGAUAUUGUCCUGUAUAUACACUGAUUGGUGCAAAAAUUCACCAUAAUUAUGCGCGUAAGUGCCAACAACUUUUUAAGCCUUGCCCAGAAGAUUUUGAAUCAAAUAAUCUUCAUCAGUACCCCGAGUGCUUAGAACUACCUACAGGACCUACCUUGAACCCCGAUCCUCCGGCUUCUUACUCUGAAAGAAUGCACUUUACUAAAAGAAGGUGA